AUGGUGGAUGGACUGAACACCUCGAGCAUCAGGAAGAGGGCCAGAACCCUCUCCAACCCUAAUGAUUUCCAAGAGCCGAACUACUUGUUGGACCCCGGCAAUCAUCCUUCAGACCAUUUUCGAACUCGAAUGUCCAGAUGUCGGUUUGAUACUAGGGAAAAGCUGCUGGUGUUUACCAACAACCAAUCAUUCACCUUAAGCCGCUGGCAGAAUACAUACCGUUCUACUUUCAAUGAUCUCUACUUUACUUAUACUUCUUUAAUGGGAUCGCACACCUUCUAUGUCCUUUGUUUACCUAUGCCCGUGUGGUUUGGAUAUUUUGAAACUACUAAAGAUAUGGUUUAUAUCUUGGGGUACUCUAUCUACUUGAGCGGUUUUUUCAAAGACUACUGGUGUUUGCCCAGGCCUAGAGCGCCGCCAUUGCAUCGGAUUACGCUGAGCGAAUAUACAACAAAGGAGUACGGUGCUCCGAGUUCGCAUACAGCGAACGCCACAGGCGUGAGUCUCCUAUUUUUGUAUAAUAUAUGGAGCAUGCAAGAGACUUCUGUCGUGGUUCAAUUGCUCUUGUCAUGCGUGGUUCUAUUCUAUUACAUGACGUUGGUUUUUGGCAGAAUAUACUGCGGCAUGCACGGAAUAUUAGACCUGGUAAGCGGAGGACUCAUUGGGAUAGUGUGUUUCGUUGUCAGGAUGUAUUUCAAGUGCAGGUUCUCGAACUUACACAUCGAGGAGUUUUGGUGGUUCCCCGUGUUCAGCGUAGGAUGGGGGCUACUUCUCUUGUUUGAACAUGUCAAACCAAUAGAUGAAUGUCCCUGUUUCCAGGACAGCGUUGCUUUCAUGGGCGUUGUAUCGGGCAUUGAAUGCUGUGAUUGGCUGAUCAAGGUAUUUGGAGUCACGUUAGUGCACAACUUGAAGCCUAAUUGUGGCUGGCGGCUGACGCUUGCCAGGCUACUGGUGGGCGUACCCUGUGUCGCUCUCUGGAAGUACGUGAUCAGCAAGCCGCUGGUUUACACGUUGCUGAUUAAGGUGUUUGGCCUGAAGGACGACAGAAACGUGACGGCGAGAAAGAGACUGGAAGCCACGCACAAGAAAGGAAGUAGCAAGUAUGAAUGCCCGUUGUAUAUAGGAGAACCUAAAAUUGAUAUCCUGGGGCGGUUUAUCAUCUAUGCAGGUGUCCCCCUGACCGUCGUAAUGUGUAGUCCCGUCGUCUUUUCCCUCUUGCAUAUAGCAUAG